CCCAGCCUUUCACUCCACCUUCACUUCAUCUCGGGAACCCACGCAAUGCAGUCCCAGAUCUGGGCAUCCACAAUCCCUCUCCAUAUCACCCAUCCUUCUUCCGACAUCCCGUACCUUAUCCAGGUUCCACGGCUCUCGUAUCUGCCCCUCCUCCUCCCCCGUCUGACCUCGUUCUUCGGGCCCUGCUCCAGCUUCUCCUACCAAGAUAUCCUCCUCAAGAACCUCCCCGUCGGGCUGCUCUUCGAUCUGUACCAACCAGAAUUACCAUGGCAUAUCACACUCGGCGAUGGUCCUCUCUUCGACAUACAUGAUACCUAUAUCAACAGCGUGAAAGAGGCUGAUUUCAUCCGGAAUGGAACCGCGAAGGGGAUAAUGUCGAUGUCGAAGGAGAACUCCACGCAGUUAUGGAACUCCGUACAGGAUAAUGACUUCAACACCUUCAACCGAAUCAAUAAGAUCCUCCUCAACCCCGCAACCCCGCUACGACACAUCCCGCUCCGAGUCUACAUCCCAUCCUCACCUACUGCCUCCGCUGAAGUCGGCUCCUUCAAGAUCGUCCAGACGUUGGUCCCGCCGAUGACUGCGAAUCGAGAGGUGCAGACUCUGGGCUCGGCCCUGAAUAGCAUACUGCCGUCUCUGUUUCCUAGCCGUAGGGAUGCGAUACUGGCGGAGCCUAUAUUGCAUGGGGCGCCGGUGCCGUUCAGGGCCCCGCUGGAGGAAAUCAUGCGAGAGGCGGCGUAUGCGGAUGGGUGGAUACAUUUGAGCAUAUCGAUGAUUGACGCAUAAUUACGAUUAAAACGACGGGUUUCUUUGGGCUAUAGAAAGAGGGUUCUAAUCCUAAGGUUUUGGAAAGGAUACCGUCAAUUCUGAAAUAAGGCUAUUCGUGGGUAUGGACUGGGCAUCACUUCUGAUAUGUCCACUAUUACAAAAUGCUAUUCUUCAAACUUGACGUUCC